UAAUUAUGGUGAAGCGUGUUGCAGUUAUUCUGGCAGGUUGUGGAGUUUACGAUGGUACAGAAAUCCACGAGGCUUCAGCUGUACUCGUCCAUCUGAGUCGUGCUGGAGCUAAAGCCCAAAUGUUUGCUCCAGAUGAGGACCAAAUGCAUGUUGUGAAUCAUUGUGAGGGAAAGCCGACAGAGGAGAAGAGAAACAUUCUGCAGGAAAGCGCCCGUAUCGCCAGGGGCGAUGUGAUGGAUCUGGCCAAGCUGGAUGUCUCAGAGUUUGAUGCUGCCAUCAUUCCAGGGGGGUUUGGUGUAGCUAAGAAUCUUUGUGAUUGGGCUGUGAAGAACAAGAACUUCACCAUCCAGCCUCUCCUGAAGAAACUAAUCGAGGAUUUUCAUAAAGCUGGAAAGCCUCUGGGCAUGUGCUGCAUUUCUCCUGUCCUGGCUGCAAAGCUGCUGCCUGGCUGUGAGCUCACUGUGGGGCAGGACAAAGAGUGUGAAAAGUGGCCGUAUGCUCAGACAGCUGGAGCUAUGAAGGACCUGGGCUGCAAACAUGUGAACAAAGAGGUGGAUGAAGCUCAUGUUGAUGUCAAAAACAAGCUGGUCACCACCUGUGCCUUCAUGUGCAACGCUCCCUUUCACAAGAUCUUUGAUGGAAUCGGCGUUAUGGUUCAAGAAACGCUAAAAAUUGCCUGAAAAGUUUGAUACCCUGUAAACAGUUAAUUUCACUUUG